GCGACUCGCGUCGGCGGCGGCUCGGGGGACCCCCGGCAGCUCCCCAUGGAAGGAGGACGCGGCGGCGGCGCGCCUGGGGCCCGCCAGGCGGGAGAGGCGGGGCCGGAUGCGCCCGGGAAGGACGACAUUCUUCUUUUGGCUGAUGAAAAAUUUGACUUUGAUCUUUCGUUGUCUUCUUCAAGUGCAAAUGAAGAUGAUGAAGUCUUUUUUGGACCUGUUGGGCACAAAGAAAGAUGUAUUGCAGCCGGCUUAGAAUUCAGUAACCCUAUUCCUGAAGGGCCUCGGCUGCCGGCAUCGUGGAGCCCUCUCACUGGGGAAAAGUUCGUGGAAGUGUACAAGGAAGCACACUUACUGGCUCUGCAGAUCAAAAGCAACAGCAGAAAUGCGGUGGCCAAAGCUGUGAAGCCUGAAGACCCUUGGAGCCAGGGCGUGGAAAAUUUUGUGCAGGAAUCACAAUUAAAAAUAAACCUCUUUGAAAAAGAAAAUGAGCUGAAGAAAAGCCCCAAGUCCCUUAAAAGGGAGACGUACUACCUGUCUGACAGCCCCAUUGUGGGACCACCACUCGCAGGGGCCCGGCCCCCGUUGGGGGUGGCCCUGUUCCCCAACUCACCCCCCGCCUUGCAGAACACCCAUGCCCAGGCUGGCCUCCCCGAGGCACAGCAGCCGCUCCGCUCGGGCGGCCCUUUGGGGGCAGCGGACCCAAGUGCCACCCACCGGCCGGAGAAGAAAACCGUGAGCAGACUGCAGCCACCCCGAGCUUCGUCUGCUCGAGGGAAGAGCGUCUACCUGGCUCUGGAGAAGGCUAAGAAAGAGAUACCAGUUAGUUCUUCCAGGAUGAAAAUCUUGAACGAUAAGGAAGCCCAUGGCAAUGUGCUCCCUGACAAACCCAGAGCCCCUCUGGAUGCCGUGAGCUUGCCCACCGGUGAAAGCCACUUGCCUCAAGUCAGGAGCUCGCGCCCCAUCCCCAACAAGUUGGGACAAAAGAAGUCCCUGCUGAAGCCACCCGGUUGUGCCGGCAAUCUUGCAAGAAAGACUUCCUCGGGGUCUGCCUCAAGCACAGCCUGCAGCACGUGUGCUUCUCCAGCGUUGGGCGGAGCAGUGAGUGAACCUUUAAGUAUCCCCGCCCCCGGCUCCCGGCCUCCGUCGGACACCAGCAAGUCCAGCAGACUCAGACCCGCCGUCCAGCGGCAGCCUUUGCAGCCAGGCCCCCCGGAGGCGUCCUGCACGCAGCCCCAGGGGGCUGAGGUGGCCGCGGGGCCGGGCGAGCAGCCCACGGAGCCCGGCGUGGCUCUCACUCAGCCACAGACUCCAGAACACAGAGCCCGGAGACUGGACUCGAACUCCAGCGUGUCAGGAUCGUCUCAACUGAAUAAAAUGGGGAGUGUACGAAGGCGAGAUUCCUAUGUAAAUUCCAAGACGAAGGUUAUGCGUACCCCAACAAGUCAGUUUAAAAUUCCUAGGUUUUCUAUUGGUAACUCCCCUGACAACGCAACACCCAGGUUCUCCCGGGCUCAGAGGCCGUGGUCGUGCUGCUCGGCUGGAAGGAUGGUCCAUAGCACUCCUGCUAGACAUUCCUCAGGGCCAGCUCCCCAAAACCACCUCAGCAGUGCAAGGACCCCCGUGAGUACAAAGCCUGGGUCGGCCUUGCCCACACCUGCCAGUCGACGACUCUCUGGCCUCCCAGUGAUGACACCGAGAACCAUGCAAAGGGCUCUGGACUCUCCCCUGGGUGUGCCUGCUCGGCGUCUUUCUUCUGAGCCCCGGAGAAAAUCUGUAAUGAGAACUGAACCAACAAAGGAGGGCAACAAAAAAGUUGCUUCUAGGCCGUCGGACUUGCCACCUGCAGCAAGUUUUUCCCCUCCUUCGGUUGUGCCUCAGGCACUUAACUUUUCUCCCGAAGAAAGCGAUUCUAUAUUUAAGAAUAUCACCACAGAAGCAGCUCUGAAUGAAGCAAGGACAACUGAGGAGACAUCCCCUAAGGAGGCUCUUCUUAUAGAUAUCAAGCUGGAUCAACUCACUGUCACUCCAGAAGUGGGAGGCGGUCCCCUCGUUGACAUCCCACUCAUCGACUUCUGCACAACUCCAGAAACAAAUGGAGAAGUGCUUCCACCGAAACCCUCUGUGGCCUGGGAAUCUGAAAGCAAGCCUCUGAUCGACCUCAUGAUAAACACCCCAGACAUGAAUAAGAACAUUGCGUCAAAAGCUUCCCAAGUAGUGGGGCAGCUAAUAGACCUGGGUUCUCCUCUGAUCCAGCUGAGUCCUGAGGCUGACAAAGAAAACGUGGACUCACCACUCCUCAAGUUCUGAGUUGAGCAAAAACCUCUGUAUUUUACUCUUUCUUUAAAAGAACAGUCGGUCCGAAAGUGGUUCUCAACCCUUAGAAAUGCAUUUUAGAAGACAACUGUAUUAAAAACAGACUAGUCAGCUCGCUGGGCUUGGAGGGUGUGGGCUGAGGGAUUUGGUGUUGGCUCGUUUGCCUGAGGUCACACUACUCAGCAGCCACCUCCUCCCUGCUAUUUACAUGAAAUAUAAAUUAAGAAUUUUGUCUUCAUUCUUUGAUAUGUAAAAUGGCAAGUGGCUAUUUUUUAAGUUAAGUUUGUGUGAAAAAUUAAAUAUUCUAGAUUUAAAUUUUGAAAUAAAUUUAAAUGUAUUA